AGCUGUUUGUGCUGGGAGCUGGUGGCGCGGAGCAGGGCUCUUAAGAACGAACGGCUUGGGCGCGGGUAAUCAGCUCCCUUUCCCCCACUUUCUCACUUAUUCUAGAUUGGUAUCCGGGGACUGUGACUUGCAGGGUCCGCCAUGGAGCCAGAACAGAUGCUGGAGGGACAAACGCAGGUUGCAGAAAAUCCUCACUCUGAGUACGGUCUCACAGACAACGUUGAGAGGAUAGUAGAAAAUGAGAAGAUUAAUGCAGAAAAGUCAUCAAAGCAGAAGGUAGAUCUCCAGUCUUUGCCAACUCGUGCCUACCUGGAUCAGACAGUUGUGCCUAUCUUAUUACAGGGACUUGCUGUGCUUGCAAAGGAAAGACCACCAAAUCCCAUUGAAUUUCUAGCAUCUUAUCUUUUAAAAAACAAGGCACAGUUUGAAGAUCGAAACUGACUUAAUGGGAAGAACAGAAAAAUUUAGUUGCUACUGUAGAUUUACAUGAUUAAGAGGCAGCUUUAAUUGCCAUGAUUAUUCCCCCUUUUUGGAUGCAUAAGAACCUUCCGGACAACAGAACCUAUUUCUGGAACUGCAGAAGAUAACAUAUUUCCCUUAUUUUGAUUUAAUCACCAUAAAACCAUACCUAUUUAAUGAGUGUAUUCUGUGCAGUUUUUUCUCAGAUUGUCUUUAACUUUGUUUUUAAAAUGACCUUCAAAAUAAACUGUCAAAACACCAUUA